CAGGGGCGGGCAGGGCCUUGCUGGGCCAGGUAGGGGAGGCCUUAGGCUCCUCUCCUGCUCAGCUCCAACUCUGCAAAGUUUGCUUCAACUGCAGCCAGAGCUGUGCUGACGCGUGUGGAGUAGCAGGAUGAACAGAAGUUCCGACCCGGAGGUCACCGUCUCGGCGGCUCGUUCCUCCAUUGGUCAGUGUCCCGGAGGCACCCUACAGGUGCGCAGAGAACCCGGCCAACUGCCCGCGUGCAUUCAUGAUUGUUCAUCUCUGACCGUGUGGUGGCAGAGGUUCCUUCAGUGGUGCCCUGUCCACCGUGCCUGUCCACGACCUGGGGACAACUGUCAUCAAAGAAGUUCUGCAGAGGGCCAAGGUGGCUACUGAAGAGGUGUUUGAGGCGGACACGUUUUGACCGCAGCCAGAGCUGUGCUGACGCGUGUGGAGUAGCAGGAUGAACAGAAGUUCCGACCCGGAGGUCACCGUCUCGGCGGCUCGUUCCUCCAUUGGUCAGUGUCCCGGAGGCACCCUACAGGUGCGCAGAGAACCCGGCCAACUGCCCGCGUGCAUUCAUGAUUGUUCAUCUCUGACCGUGUGGUGGCAGAGGUUCCUUCAGUGGUGCCCUGUCCACCGUGCCUGUCCACGACCUGGGGACAACUGUCAUCAAAGAAGUUCUGCAGAGGGCCAAGGUGGCUACUGAAGAGGUGUUUGAGGCGGACACGUUUUGACCGCAGGUUCCUUCAGUGGUGCCCUGUUCACCGUGCCUGUCCACGACCUGGGGACAACUGUCAUCAAAGAAGUCCUGCAGAGGGCCAAGGUGGCUCCGGAAGAGGUGUCAGAGGUCAUAUUUGGACACGUUUUGACCGCAGGCUGUGGGCAGAAUCCUACUCGACAAGCCAGUGUGGGUGCGGGGAUCCCCUACUCGGUGCCAGCAUGGAGCUGCCAGAUGAUCUGUGGCUCGGGCCUAAAAGCCGUGUGCCUUGCAGCUCAGUCCAUAGCCAUGGGUGACUCCACCAUCGUGGUUGCUGGAGGCAUGGAGAACAUGAGCAAGGCCCCUCACUUGGCUCACCUGAGAUCAGGAGUGAAGAUGGGUGAGGUGCCACUCGCCGACAGCAUCCUCUGUGAUGGCCUCACAGAUGCGUUUCACAACUACCACAUGGGCAUCACAGCUGAAAACGUAGCCAAAAAAUGGCAAGUGAGCAGAGAGGCCCAGGACAGGGUUGCCGUUGUGUCCCAGAAUAGGGCGGAGCAUGCGCAGAAAGCUGGCCACUUUGACAAGGAGAUUGUGCCAGUGCACGUGUCUUCUAGAAAAGGUCUUGCUGAAGUGAAAAUCGAUGAGUUUCCUCGUCAUGGGAGUAACCUUGAAGCCAUGAGCAAGCUGAAACCUUACUUUCUUACUGAUGGGACUGGAACGGUCACAUCUGCUAAUGCAACAGGAAUGAACGAUGGCGCCGCUGCUGUGGUUCUUAUGAAGAAGACUGAAGCUGAGAGUCGGAUGCUGAAACCUUUAGCACAAGUGGUCUCCUGGUCACAAGCCGGUGUGGAGCCUUCUGUCAUGGGCGUAGGACCGAUUCCAGCCAUAAAGCAAGCUGUUGCAAAGGCAGGCUGGUCCCUACCUGAUGUUGAUGUGUUUGAAAUCAACGAGGCCUAUGCAGCUCUCUCUGUUGCAAUAGCCAAAGAGCUUGGAUUAAACCCCGAGAAGGUGAACAUCGAUGGAGGAGCCAUUGCCUUGGGACAUCCUCUGGGAGCAUCUGGCUGUAGGAUUCUAGUGACCUUGUUACACACCCUGGAGAGAGUGGGUGGGACUCGUGGUGUUGCAGCCCUGUGCAUUGGGGGUGGGAUGGGGAUCGCAAUGUGUGUUCAGAGAGGGUGAGCCACCACCCUUACAGUUCUCAUUCAAACACUAAACAGAAAGAACGUGAGACCAGAGGACCACAGUGAGGACAGGAACCCAGGUCGACAGCUCGUUGUACUUUAAUGUGAGACACCCAAGGCUAAGACAUUACACCCAACACUGUCAUAAAUAAAAGGGAAGUCCAAUCAGUCAUCAAGGGCUCCAGAGUGAACAGCA